CAUCUACCAGCUAAACAGGCACGAGCACGCGGCAGAGAUAGGGAGUCGUGUAGAAGUGACCGCACUCACGAUGACUCACGAGUCAUUAACAAUCGAUAAUGGGCCAUGGCUUGUAGCGGCGAAGUCUAGAGCCUACGCCUCGUCCUCGGUUCCUCGCUUCUCUCAAGUCAUAUAUAUGUCAGUAUUUGGAUAUUGGCUCCAAGUGUUUGUCAAAAUACCUGAAACACAUAACUAUAGAACUUUACAGGAAAUUCUUUAGGAUUUCUUGAUCCUCGAGCGAAAAGAAAACGCCAUGAAAUCAUUGAAAUAUGGAGCGGGGAAGAAUAAGGGAGUGAGCAAUCACAUGCUUACUCUCCAUCAACGUCUCCUUCACGCUCUCAACCUUGGAAUCAAUACUUCAGGUCAAUAUACUGGUUACUUUUUAAGCAUGUGGAUCUGGGUACAUGAAGCCUGUUUCACCAUAUCCAGUGAAUCAUAUUCUCAAGAUUCAAUGAUUCUAAUUAAACUGAAUUACAGUAAAGAGGAUUCUAUUCCUCAUAUACUGGUUGCAUUGGAAGGAAUUCUUCUUUCCAGAAAUGAUACUGUAUUGGGAAUGACAGUGAAUGUUAUAGUGAAGUUGGUUGAUGUUUUAGGAGAUUCUAUACUUAAGUAUAAUGUUUUAGAGCUUGUUCAUCCUUUAUCAUCCUUGCUAUCUAUCAUACAAUCAACAACCGCAGUUUCAUGUGUCACAGCUUUGAACCAGAUCCUUUCAAAGCUGACUCCAUGGAGGUUCAAAAGGCAACAGGAAAUCUGGAAAAUCUUGAAAAGUACAAAUACAGUUGAUCAUAUUGUAUGUGGUUUACAGGAUUUUCUUCUUGGGACUAAAUCACUUGAAUAUUUCCAAGAAAUGGCAUCUCUUUUGAGUACAAUUUUAUGGCGAUGGCCUUCUUCCAGGUAUUCUGUUUGGAGCAAUGGUACAUUGCUGGAAGGGUUGGGGGAUACUUCUUUAAAGCAUAAUUCUUCUGUGAAAGUUACUAUUUUGCAGCUUUAUUCUGCAAUAGCUUUAUGUGGUAAUGGGACCACAAAGCUUCUUGAAAAUGGAGAAGCCCCUCUACUAAUGAUGGUGCAGUGUAUGGGCAACUCACAUCCUUAUUCUGUUCGUAUAGAGGCAUUUAAGCUUGUGCAAUGUUUAGUGAGAUCUGAAAAAAGCUGCCUUGCAUUAAUGAGAUUGUAUGGCAAGUCUAUUGUCAAAGCCAUACUUAAUACAAUGCAUGACUGGAGCUUAUGUUCUGGAAAGGUUGCUACUAAUGAGGUUGCUCUACUGGUUGAGGCAUGCCGUUUGGCUUUGAUAACCCGUUGGGCAGGGGAUCACCAUUUUUAUUUUUGGAAGUUUGGAGUUCAUCAAAUUAUUCUCGAUCUUCUUCUAAGCAAUUUCCACAAAAGCAAGCAAAACCAGCAUUUCUUCUUCCUGAAAGAACUACUAAAUACAGCACGCAAGGGCCUUGAUGCAAAUUGUCUUCUAAUUUUAAGGCCUUACAUUUGGGAUAUUCUUGGAUGGCUUGCAAUUCACUUUGCAGAAGAUUAUAACCCUCAGAUGCAUGAAGUUAAACAUUACCUUGAUUUGCUUAAUGCUUGUGCAUGCUUGGCCUGUGUGGAUUCAAUUCACAAAGGGCGCCAAGUUUUGCAAAAUGAUCUGUUGUACACAUCCAAGCAUGAACCGGCACUGAGAGCAGUUCUUUUGAUGGUUUAUUCUCCAUGCAAAUACAUUGCCUCUCAGACACGACAUGUCUUAUCUGAACUACUAAUACCAAAUGAGGAGGAUUUGGAAUACUUACUUGAUGCUUUAAGGUCUACCACCAGCAAAGAUAAGUUCUUUGUAUCUGAUAAUCAUCAAAUUGUGAUUAAUUUGAUGGGGUUGGCAUGUUAUUCAUGCUUGCCAAUCUGUCAAAAUAUUAUCAUUAAAAAUGAAGGUAUAGAAGUGUUGCACAGUGUUAUAAGAUGGUGCUGCAACAAUCAAGUCCAUAUUAGAAGGUCAAGCAUUGCUUCUCAUCUAUAUCAUACAUCUGAGGAGACAAUUUGUUGCUGGACUCAUAAUGACGACUGGGAGGGUGCGGAUAUACUUCUGUUUUUUAGCUUGUGGGUGUUAUCUGAGUUGAUUCCAAACUUGAGUUUUGCAAGAAAUCAUAAAGAAGUAACCUCUGCUUGGGUGGUUGAUGUCUUGGUGUUAGAAAAAUUUGAAAUUCAAAUGUUAAUGGAUAAGCUUCUGGAGAUUUGCAGUGAUACGUCUAGUCCUGGACCUAAAUGGUUUGCCACAUAUAUCCUAAGCUAUUUUGGCAUUUAUGGUUUUCCAAGUGGACUUGGAAGAAGAAUUGCAAAAGCACUGGAUGAGACAGAACUUGCUGACAUGAAACUUAUACCUGCAAAUGGAGAGCCUCAAAAUGUGCAUACUGCCAUUAUAAUAGCUAGGUGUCCUUCAUUGUUGCCUCCUAAUGAUCUGCCUCUUAAUGAAAGAACAGAUGAUGAAUGUGCUGCAAGGAAAUGCCCUGAGAAUUUCUCUGGAAAUUUUAGGAGAAAAAUCCGGUUAUCUUCUCAUGUUGAUUUUCAAGCGUUAACGAAAUUGUUGGCAUUUGUUUAUAGUGGAUUCACAGAAGUUGGCAAUGAUCUUGUGAAGAACUUGAAGUUACUUGCUAGACGUUGUAAUGUACAAUUGCUAUCAGAUAUGCUUUCUAAACGGCGUCCCAAGUGGGGAAAUCCUUUCCCUUGUUAUGAUCUCACUCCUCUUCUACCUUCAGGACAUUAUUUCUCGGACAUCGUUUUGGAAGCUAAGGUUACAGAAGUGGCAAAGUCAACUUGCAAUGUUUGCUCACUUUUAUUGCCACAUGUGCAUGCCCAUAAAGUCAUCUUGUGGUCAAGUUGUGAUUAUCUCCGUGCCCUAUUUCAAUCAGGAAUGCAGGAGAGUCAAUCACAAACCAUUAAGGUUCCAGUUGGUUGGGAAGCAUUGGUGAAACUUGUUAAUUGGUUCUAUUUAGAUGAGCUGCCAAAAUCCAGUUUAUGCUGCUUAUUUCAUAAUAUGGAUGUUGAUCAGCAGAUAAAUGAGCUUGAGCCAUAUAUAGAGCUUUAUUGGCUUGCAGAAUUCUGGUUCUUGGAAGAAGUUCAGAAGAGCAGCUUGGGAGUGGUUAUAUCUUGCCUAAGUUCUAAUAGGCACUUGUCUGUUAAAGUCAUUCAAAUUGCUGCCAAUUUGUCUCUAUGGAAGAUGGCUGAAGCUGCUGCAAGUUACUUGGCUCCUUUAUAUCCUCAACUGCGUAACUCUGGUGAACUUGAGAGCUUGGAUGAAGAGUUGGUUGAUUUGGUGCGUUCUUCCCAUGUUCGCCUUUCUCAAGAGGGUGUUUCUGAUAAGUUGGAAUGAGCAUGAUAACUUGCAAGUAGUGAGAAGAAAGCUUUGUAAUACCAUCCUAACAGAAGUUUCCCUUUUAUCCUCAUUCCAUUAUCUGUCAGAGAUUGGAAAUGCAAGGAACUUGCUUCAACUGACUGGAAUUUUUUGAAAUUAUUUUCUAAAAGGGUGAACAGUAGUCUUUUUAGAUGGAUGAGGCAUGGUACUGUUUCAAAGCUAAUAUUUCUAUUAUCUUGUUUCUC